AUGGUUUCUCAUGAUGCUCAACGUGGAUUCUAUAUAUCGUUCAUACGAUUGAAAAAAUCUCAUAUAACUGAUGUUAAACUUCAUUAUGGAGAUGAUUUUCCGGACAUUCAUGCAGAACUUCUUGAAGUACUUCAAGAAAAAGAUUCAACCGGUAUUAAUUUUCUUCAUGGUCCACCUGGCAUAGGCAGGACUUUUUAUCUACGAUAUUUGAUCAAUGAGAUUAAAGACAAGAAUUUGAUCCAUGUUCCACCUGAUCUUGUUAAUGUAAAAAGACAUCGAACGAAACAAAAAACAGGUGAUGGAAAGCUUCAAAAAGGUGAAUUAAUUACUACAGAAGAACCACCAUCAUCAUCUCACGGUGCAUUUUGGGAAUGUUUAUGGCGUAUUAAAAAUUUUAAAAAUGAAUAUCAACCGUUCGUUAAAUGUAAACUAUGUCAUGAAAUAUUAUCAUAUUCGAUGGUAAAUGGAACUUCUACUAUUAGCAAUCAUGUGAAAAAUUGUCUUAAUAAGUUCAGUAAACCAAAUAACAACAAAACUCUUGAUGAUUUUGUAUCCAAAGCAGCUCAAGUGAAUGUAUCAGCAGAAGAUAAAAGAUUAAUUACAGUUGCCUGUGCAAAAUUUUGUUCAUUUGAUCUCAGACCAUUUAGUAUUGUUAAAGGUGUCGGAUUCUCUACAGUAUGCCAAAGUCUGAUUAAUCUUGGUUAUCAACAUGGUCAAGCUAAACUUGGUGUACCUUCAGUAAACUUAUUAUUACCUGAUCCAACCAAUGUUUCUCGCACUGUUUCUCAAAUAGCUGAAGAAUAUCGUGAAAAUUUGAAGAAUAUGCUGAAGAAUGAUUUACAAAGUGUUAAACUUAUAGGUGUAUCAACUGAUUAUUGGAAAAAUUCGGGAACUAGCGAAAACUAUUUAACUGUUAAUAUUCAUUAUUCGAAAAAUGAACAAUUGGUCACCUACAUGUUACGUACUUCAUUAUUUAAUCAAUCAAAAACUGGUGAAAAUACCAGAAAAAAAAUUUUUGCAAUAUUAUCUAGUUAUGAUAUUGAUCCAAAUCAUUUUCAUGUCGUAUACAUUAGUGAUAAUGGAUCCAAUUUAGUAUGUGGUUUACAGGUACAUCUUCGAUGUAUUUGUCACUGUCUUAAUUUGGCUUUACACAAUGGUGUUGAUAUGUGUCUGAAUAUGGAAAAGUUUAUUAAAUUUAGUCAAAAUUUAUGUACACAUUUUAAAAGAUGUGAAAUGAAUCAAUAUUUGACUACAAGUUUGAAGUUAAAUGUUGACACGCGUUGGAAUUCUAUUCAUGAUAUGUUAGAAUCCAUCUCAUUGAAUUAUGAAAAAUGUGAAGAUGCUCUACUUAACAGAAAUGAAGUUAACUAUUUAGACGAUAUCGAUCGUAAAGUAGUAGUCAGCUUUGUUAAAUUCUUAUCGUUAUUCAAAGUAGCUAGUGAACAAUUAUCUGCUGAUACAACACCUACUCUCCAUUUAGUUGUUCCUUGGUUUACGAAGUUAAAAGCUUCAUGUGAACCAAAAGAUGAUGAACCAAUAUUAUUAAUUCAAUUUAAAAAUGCUGUUUCAAAAAUGCUGGAUGAGAAAAUUUAUUUAACACCAUUACAUUAUAUAGCUACAUUUCUAUACCCGACGUUGAGCAACAGCUUGCGAAAAGAAAUCUAUGCUGAUACUCGAAAAAUACUUCGAACACUUGGUAUACAAGAAGAAGAUUCAUCAUCAGCUACAAAAAUGAAUGAUGCCCUCAAUAAUUCAAGAAAAAAGAAGAAAAAUUAUUUUAUCGUACAAAAUGAUGUAAUGCAAGAAUUUGCAGGAGAUGUAGAGCAAGAUCAAGAUAGUGAUGAUGAUUCUGAUGAAAUCGAUCGUUAUAUCAAGACAAAGCUUUCUUUUUCAAAAGAUGAAACUUUAUUAGGAUGGUGGAACAAACAUUCUUUAAUAUUUCCACAACUUUCUCAAUUGGCGAAGUCUUUAUUUGGAGUUCCUGCAAGCUCAGCAACAUCGGAACGUAUUUUUAGUUCUUCGGGUCGAAUUUUGGAAAAAAGAAGACAGUCACUGAAACCCGAUGUUGUUGAUGAUCUUUUGAUGAUUAGAAACUUUCGAGAAAUUUUGGAUUGUUUUUAUUUUGCUUUAUAUUUAAAAUAUAUACAAUGA